AUGUUUGUGAGAAAGAGUUUCGACUCGCUUGACCAGUUUACGGCUAAUCUAUUGAAGGAGUACUCAAUACCAGAAGACUUCACUGAAAUUCCUCUGACCACAGUUGACGGUGUACCGUUAUCCUCCCUCCCGGCCGACUGCCUGAAGGUAGUUUUCGACGCUCUGUCUCAUCUGCGUGAAUCGACAGAAUGGAAUCCGGCCUACAUAUCAGUAUUCAAGUUCCUCUGUUUGCUCGCCAGGAAUCUUUCUAGGCGACGGGACAACCGACCCCACCUCCUGGUUUACGAAUACCUGGAGGCUAUCGACAACUGCUCGCGUGACUUUCUGCAGCAGGUCCUUAAGGCGCCCUCUCAGUGUGAAGAAGCUGCCCGCGCAUUCCAGCUGACGUCCACCUUCCUAGAAUGGGUGUUCGACCCGGAAAUGACCUGGCGGACCUGGUCUGAAGCCAUCACACGGAAUCGUUUUCCCCCAAAGCCAGUUGUUCCAUCCAAAGGGAACGCAUAUUCAUCGGCGUGGCUCCGAGAUUUGCUUGUCGCCACAGCUGGCAGUGCACCCCUUAACUUCCUUCAGUACGCGCUGCACUUGGUCUGCACGGAAUGUGCGACCUCAACGGUUGCCGCAUGGUCAACCAUAUCUUCGGCGCUAGUCACUUCUUUGCUGACUGCCUUUGCUACUGCAGAUGAAGCCGACAACAGACGGAACCUGCUCAUAAUCUGUGCGACCUUUCUCAUCGAAAGGCUCUCUCAGACAGACACCAUCCACGUAAGCCUGACCUGCUACCGGAUGGACUGA